UACCAACGCUACAUGGGAGGUGUGGAUCGGCAUGACCAACUGCGGCUACAAGCAUACUCGUUGCAGUUGUCCACAAGGUUCGCCAAGUACAAGAGUCUAUUCCUCGGUCUUGUCGACAUGGCCCUAGUCAACGCCUACAUCGUCUACAAAAAACUAUGUGAGAGAAAG